CGGAAGGUAAAAGUGUCGGAGUUGGGAGACUGCAGAGAGUUGUUCUCUGUGCUUGAAUCGGGGCCAGAAGAGCAGUGAAAGUUGAAGCUGAGCCAGCUGGAUCAGACUGCUGCCUCAUCGGCUCCCGAGUCCCCAUUUCUCUGGAUCCCUGCUAAGGAGCUAUGCCGAGGCAAGCGAAGAGAGCGUGCCGGAAUGCCCCCGAGCCAGACUCGGAGGUGCCAUCGGGCAAACGUACAAAGGCUGUGAAAACAGAGACCUUGGACAAACCGGUGGUAGAAGGAGGAACCUCUGACUCCACACAGAAGGCCCAGGCUGCUCAAAAUUGUGGAAAUGAGCCAAGUCGUUACUGGCUGAUGAAAUCAGAACCAGAAAGCCGGAUAGAGAAAGGUGUGGAUGUCAAGCAGUUUGGGAUUGAGGAUCUCAAAGCACAGCCUAAACAGACAGCUUGCUGGGAUGGUGUUCGAAACUACCAGGCCCGGAACUUCCUGCGAGCAAUGAAAGUGGGAGAGGAAGCCUUCUUCUAUCACAGCAACUGUAAGGAACCAGGCAUUGCCGGUCUCAUGAAGAUUGUGAAGGAGGCUUACCCUGAUCACACACAGUUUGAGAAAGGUAGCCCUCAUUAUGACUCAUCUAGCAAGAAGGACAACCCCAAGUGGUCUGUGGUGGAUGUCCAGUUUAUUCGAAUGACCAAACGUUUUAUUCCUCUGGCUGAGCUCAAGGUCCAUCACCAAGCCCAUAAAGCCAAUGGUGGCCCUUUAGAAAACAUGGCUCUUUUCACCCGUCAGAGACUCUCAGUCCAACCCCUGACCCAAGGUGAAUUUGACUUUGUCUUGAGCCUGGAGGACAAGAAGCCAAGUUAAAAAGGAAAUUCUUGAAAAGGGAAAACUGUUUUCUUCAAGCAAGGCAUGCCUCUCUCUGACAAGGAGGUGAGAGGGAUUUGAAUUUGCUAGUUACUUUUCUUUAGGGUUGGUGUGUCUAUGUAUCUGGAAUGUGUUUGAGUUUUUUUUUUUUUUUUUAAUUAAAACAUCAGUGUAAUAAAGCAUUGGAUGCAGUCA